CCCCGGGCGACUCGGCGGCGCCGGAGCCUACGGGGACUUUCCACGGGACCUUUCGCGGUUUGCUUUCGUAGAAGAAGCCGGGUGUCACAGCAGCCCAGGCAGGUCAGUCGUGCCCGUCUCUCCGGGCAGGAACCAUGGCAGACCCCGAAGACGCCCCGCGCGAUGCCGGGGAGGGCGCGGCGGAGGACGGCACCCUCCAGAACGACUCCUUCCCUCUCUCCUCGCUGGCCAACCUGUUCGAGAACGAGGACGCCCCGAGCUCCGCCGAGACAGCCCGGGGUCYCCCCGGCGCCGGGGAUGGGAAGCAAAACCUGCGCAUGAAAUUCCAGGGGGCCUUUCGGAAAGGCGCCCCCAAACCCAUGGAGCUGCUGGAGGCCACCAUCUACGAGUCGCCCGUGGUCCCCGCGCCCAAGAAAGCCCCCAUGGACUCCCUCUUCGACUACGGCACCUACCGCCACCACCCCAGCGAGAACAAGCGCUGGCGCAGGAGGGUCGGGGAGAAGCAGCCGCCGGCCGCAAAGGGGCCGGCUCCCGACCCGCCCCCCGUCCUCAAGGUUUUCAACAGACCCAUCCUCUUCGACAUCGUSUCCCGGGGGUCCCCGGCCGGCCUGGAUGGGCUCCUCUCCUUCCUCCUCACYCACAAGAAGCGCCUCACAGACGAGGAGUUCCGAGAGCCCUCCACGGGAAAGACCUGCCUGCCCAAGGCUCUGCUCAACCUGAGCGGGGGCAAGAACGACACCAUCCCCGUCCUGCUGGACAUCGCCGAGAAGACGGGAAACAUGCGGGAGUUCAUCAACUCGCCCUUCAGGGACGUCUACUACCGAGGUCAGACCGCCCUGCACAUCGCCAUCGAGCGCCGCUGCAAGCACUACGUGGAGCUGCUGGUGGAGAAAGGGGCAGAYGUCCAUGCCCAGGCCCGCGGCCGCUUCUUCCAGCCCAAAGGCGAGGGCGGCUACUUCUACUUCGGUGAGCUGCCCCUGUCGCUGGCCGCCUGCACCAACCAGCCGCACAUCGUGCACUACCUGACGGAGAACGGGCACAAGCAGGCGGACCUGCGGCGCCAGGACUCCCGCGGCAACACCGUGCUGCACGCCCUGGUGGCCAUCGCCGACAACACCCGCGAGAACACCAAGUUCGUCACCAAAAUGUACGACCUGCUSCUCGUCAAGUGCGCCAAGCUCUUYCCCGACACCAACCUGGAGGCUCUGCUCAACAACGACGGGCUCUCCCCGCUCAUGAUGGCAGCCAAGACCGGCAAGAUCGGGAUCUUCCAGCACAUCAUCCGGCGGGAGAUCACGGACGAGGACGCCCGGCACCUGUCCCGGAAAUUCAAGGACUGGGCGUACGGCCCCGUCUACUCCUCCCUGUACGACCUGUCCUCGCUGGACACCUGCGGGGAGGAGGUGUCUGUGCUGGAAAUCCUCGUCUACAACAGCAAGAUCGAGAACCGCCACGAGAUGCUGGCAGUGGAGCCCAUCAACGAGCUGCUGCGGGACAAGUGGCGCAAAUUCGGGGCCGUGUCCUUCUACAUCAGCGUGGUGUCCUACCUCAGCGCCAUGGUCAUCUUCACCCUCGUGGCCUACUACCGCCCCAUGGAAGGCCCCCCGCCCUACCCCUACAGCAGCACCGCCGACUACCUGCGYCUGGCCGGGGAGAUCAUCACCCUCCUCACUGGAGUGCUCUUCUUCUGCACAAACAUCAAAGACCUGUUCAUGAAGAAAUGCCCAGGUGUCAACUCCUUCUUCAUAGAYGGCUCCUUCCAGCUGCUCUACUUCAUCUACUCGGUGCUGGUGAUYGUGACGGCGGGGCUGUACCUGGGUGGCAUCGAGGCGUACCUGGCCGUCAUGGUGUUUGCGCUGGUGCUGGGCUGGAUGAACGCGCUCUACUUCACCCGCGGCCUCAAGCUGACRGGGACCUACAGCAUCAUGAUCCAGAAGAUCCUCUUCAAAGACCUGUUCCGAUUCCUGCUGGUCUACCUGCUCUUCAUGAUUGGCUAUGCCUCAGCCCUGGUGUCCCUCCUCAACCCGUGUCCCAGCAGUGAGUCCUGUAGCGACAAGUCCAACUGCACGGUGCCCACCUACCCGUCCUGCCGGGACAGCCAGACCUUCAGCACCUUCCUGCUCGACCUCUUCAAGCUCACCAUCGGCAUGGGUGACCUGCAGAUGCUCGAGAGCGCCAAGUACCCCGCUGUUUUCAUCAUCCUCCUYGUCACCUACAUCAUCCUCACCUUCGUGCUCCUCCUCAACAUGCUCAUCGCCCUCAUGGGUGAGACCGUGGGCCAGGUCUCCAAGGAGAGCAAGCACAUUUGGAAGCUGCAGUGGGCCACCACCAUCCUGGACAUCGAGCGCUCCUUCCCGGUGUUCCUGCGCAAAGCUUUCCGCUCGGGGGAGAUGGUCACCGUGGGSAAGGGCACGGACGGGACCCCCGACCGCCGCUGGUGCUUCAGGGUGGACGAGGUGAACUGGUCCCACUGGAACCAGAAUCUGGGCAUCAUCAGUGAGGACCCGGGCAAGAGCGACACGUACCAGUACUACGGCUUCUCCCACACCGUGGGCCGGCUGCGAAGAGAUCGCUGGUCGACGGUGGUGCCGCGCGUGGUGGAGCUGAACAAGAGCAGCUCGCCGGAGGAGGUGGUGGUGCCCCUGGGGACCGUGGGGACAGCGGAGCCGCGGGAGAGGCGGCACGGCCACACCCCGAGCUCCCCGCUCUAGCCCGGCAGCACCAGCAGCUGAUGGACUGUGCCCAGAUCYCCGGACUGGGCUGGAUGGUGCUUGUCUGCUCCUCAGGGAUCCGCGCAGCCCCUGUCCCUCCGGCAGCCGCUGUCCUGGCUGUCCUGGGGGUSCUGGCCCUGCCCCGGGUGGUCUCGGCUCUCACCGGCGAGCUCCAGUGCCACCGCUUCGCUUUGCUGUGCCGGGGCCGCGGCUGUGCCGUGCCGGGAGCCUCGGCCCGGCCCGGGGGUGGAGAGCGCGGCCCCCGAUGCCUUUCCAAGGCCGAUGGUUUUGCCACAGAGUUUUGCACAAGAUUUAUAUUUCUAUUUAUUUAGUAAUAAAG